AUGGUGUUUCGGAAUUUCCCGGUCGGUACCCCUUGCAUUAGGGAGCGCGUAGCAGAAGGGGAGAUUGGGCUUGUUCAAAUCCCGUCCGAAGAAAACCUCGCUGACAUUUUCACCAAGCCACUCCCCCGCGUUGUACAUCAAAAGCUCGUACGAGCACUCAAACUCGACACUUAG